CUCCACAGAGCAGAGGCCUGGAGCGCUCGGCCCCCGCCCGCAGCCCCUAGUCCGGCGCCUGAAGCUGGUGCCUCCUCCUCCCCGGAGGGUGUGCGUCGGGGGUGGGGGGCUGGGGUGACACCAAUUCCCGGGGGGGGUCUCCUCCUCGCGCCCCCGCCGCAGCCCGCCCGCUUGGUACAGACCAUUAGCGGUGCGGGUCCCGCCGGCGGCUCGCGCUCGCUCGGGGGCGGGGGCGGGGGCGCGGAGCGGAGGUGGGGGCGGGGCGGGAGCGCUGUCAGAGUCGCGGCGGCACCGGCGCACCAGCGGCCGAGGGGACUCUGCGCGGGCCCGGUCGGCUGGGCUCGGGCCGCGCGCCCCGGCCGCCCCGCGCCUCGCCGGCCGCCCCCCGCGCCUCCUCCCCCUCCCGCCCCCCGCCUCCCUCUCCGGCUCCCCGCCCCCUCCCCGCGCCUCCCUGCCCGCGCCCUCCCGCGCGCUCCCAGGCUUCGGCCGCCGCCUCGCUGCGCCCAGAAGGAACCGGGCCGGGUCGGCGGGGCCGGGCGGGGCUGCGGGCGGGCGGGCGCGCGGACCGGCGGCUAUGAAGUGGCCCCCGGGGGCCCAAAGACCGAGAGCACCCGGGGAGGGCGGCGCGCGUGGCCCGGGGCAGCAGCCUGGGGGCGCCGGGGCCGGGCUGUAGGGACCGCCGCCCGCUAUGGACCGCGCCGGGGACGAUCCGGACUCGUUGUCGCAGGUGUCCACCUCCCAGGGCUCCUGACCCUGCCCCUGAACAGCGACCCCUUCUUAGAUUCCAGUCAGGCGGGACUCUCCAAACCUGCUUCCGCAAUGGGUAAUGAGGAGCCGUGGACGCAGCCAGCCUUGGAGAUGCCGAAGAGACGGGACAUCCUUGCGAUCGUCCUCAUCGUGCUGCCCUGGACGCUGCUCAUCACCGUGUGGCACCAGAGCACCCUCGCACCCCUGCUCACUGUGCACAAGGAUGAAGGCAGUGACCCCCGGCGUGACACGCCCCCGGGCACGGACCCCAGGGAGUACUGCAUGUCUGACCGCGACAUUGUGGAGGUGGUGCGAACCGAGUACGUGUACACGCGGCCCCCGCCGUGGUCGGACACUCUCCCCACCAUUCACGUGGUGACGCCCACCUACAGCCGACCGGUGCAGAAGGCCGAACUGACGCGCAUGGCCAACACGCUGCUGCACGUGCCCAACCUGCACUGGCUGGUGGUGGAGGACGCGCCGCGCCGGACGCCGCUGACCGCGCGCCUGUUGCGCGACACCGGCCUCAACUACACGCACUUGCACGUGGAAACGCCCCGCAACUACAAGCUGCGCGGCGACGCCCGGGACCCGCGCAUCCCGCGGGGCACGAUGCAGCGCAACCUGGCCCUGCGCUGGCUGCGCGAGACCUUCCCGCGCAACUCCACCCAGCCGGGCGUGGUGUACUUCGCCGACGACGACAACACUUACAGCCUGGAGCUCUUCGAGGAGAUGCGGAGCACCAGGAGGGUGUCUGUGUGGCCUGUGGCCUUCGUCGGCGGCCUGCGGUAUGAGGCCCCACGGGUGAAUGGGGCAGGGAAGGUGGUCGGCUGGAAGACAGUGUUCGACCCCCACCGACCCUUUGCAAUAGACAUGGCUGGAUUUGCAGUCAACCUGAGGCUCAUUCUACAGAGAAGCCAGGCCUACUUCAAGCUACGUGGAGUGAAGGGAGGCUAUCAGGAAAGCAGCCUUCUUCGAGAACUUGUUACCCUCAAUGACCUUGAGCCCAAGGCAGCCAACUGCACCAAGAUCCUGGUGUGGCACACACGGACGGAGAAGCCAGUGCUGGUGAAUGAGGGGAAGAAGGGCUUCACAGACCCCUCGGUGGAGAUCUGAGCCUCAGGACGCAGGAGCCUCUUCAGACCCUGUUCUCGGCCUUCCAUCCUUCCCCCACGGCGAUGGUCCCUCCAAGGCAGACUCUAAGGAAUCACCAACACCCUCCUUUCUAUACUGGGGGCUUGUGAGAGCACCCAGCCUCAUGCCAGGACAAAGGACAGAGAAUUUAAGCACAGAAAUACCAGAACUGCUCUCUCCAUCCAACGUGACCAGGGCCUGAGAGACCCAAGGGCGGGUGGGGGUGCAGCUGCCGGCAAAGCCGGUGCCCCAGCACCCCUCCCCAGGAGCUGCCCGCGCCAACGGGGCUGCAGGAACAGUUGCUGCAACAUCCAUGUCUGCCCGGGAGUGACAUGGGGCUGGGAGGGGGUGGCGAGAAGACCCUGCAGUCAAGUGGAGCGUGGCCUUCCCCAGCCCUCUGCACCUGGGCCCAGCUCAGCCACACAAGACACCCAGCCAGGGAAUUCUGAAGACCAGAGCGCAACCCUGGGCAUCAGGAAUGCCCCACUCCCUCCUCAGCACCUGCUCUUCUCCAGAGCUGCUCCAAAAUCAGACAUACCUCUCUGGCUCUCCUCUGGUUCAUGUUUACAGAACAUAAGGCUGUCUUUGAUCCCAACAGGCACCCAGCCCUACAUCGGGGGCCUGGCUGUGCCAACAGGCUUUCCCUGUACCUCAGGCUGUAGCGGGAGUGGAGUCCCUUCCUCUGGCCCCACUUCCCUCAUGCCUUCUCCUCCAG